AUUUGCCCUCAGCAAACUUAAGCAAUUACAACAUCACCGUAGUGGAAGGAAAGAGCAUCACAUUGUACUGUGACACUACUGGCAGGCCACCUCCUAAUGUAUCCUGGGUACUUACUAACCUUGUUUCAAAUCAUGAGAGUGACACAAGUAAGAAUCCUGCAUCGCUAACCAUAAAGAAUGUUUCAUCGAUGGACAGUGGACUGUGGAUUUCUUGCGUAGCAGAGAACAUUGUGGGAGAGGACCAAGCCUCUGCUGAGCUUACGGUGUUCUUUGCACCAAAUAUCACGUUUAUUGAAUCUCCAACCCCGGACCACCACUGGUGUAUUCCAUUCACUGUGAAAGGGAACCCUAAGCCCACCUUGCAGUGGUUCUAUGAAGGGGCUAUACUGAAUGAGUCUGAAUACAUCUGUACUAAAAUACAUGUUAUCAAUCAAAGUGAGUACCAUGGCUGCCUUCAGCUGGACAAUCCUACCCACCUGAAUAAUGGUGCUUAUACUUUACUGGCAAAGAAUGAGUACGGAGAGGAUGAAAAACGGGUUGAUGCUCAUUUCAUGUCAGUGCCUGGAGAUGGUAGUGGCCCAAUUGUGGAUCCAGAUGUUUACG